GACUCAGUGGCCAUUGAGGACGUGACUGUGAACUUCACCCCAGAGGAGUUGGCUUUACUGGAUCCCUCACAGAAGAAACUCCACAGAGAUGUGAUGUGGGAAACCUUCAGGCACCUUGCCUCAGUAGGAAUAACGUGGGAAGAUUGUGAUCUUGAAGAUCAGUACAAAGACCAGGGGAGAAAAGUAAGCAAGCAUAUGGUAGGGAGCGUCUGUGAAAGUGAAGAUGGUAGUCAGUGUGGAGAAAACGUCAGCCUUCUUCCAAAUCUCAGUCUGAACCAGAAAACUACAGGAGCUAAACCAUGGGGAUGCAGUGCAUGUGGAAGAGCCUUCAUGCAUCAUUCAUCCCUUACAACGCACAUUCGAUGUCACACAGAACAUAAACCAUAUGACUAUCAAAAAUAUAGAGAGAAGCCAUAUAAAUGUAAGCAAUGUGGGAAAGCCUUCACUUAUCUCACUUUACUUCAAGCACAUGAAAGAACUCAUACUGGAGAAAAACCCUAUGAAUGUAAAAAAUGCAGUAAAGCAUUCAGUUGUUCCCGUUAUCUUUGACUUCAUGAAAGGAUUCAUACUGGAGAGAAACCUUAUGAGUGUGAAAAAUGCAGUAAAGCAUUCACUUGUUCCC